AUGAAGGGUAAGAAAUUUUCACGAGAAGAGAGAGAGAGAGAAAAGUGGAACAACAGCCGGCCGGAAACCGUCGACGAGGGGAAACGCGAUGAGUUGGGAACACUUUUAGGAGGGGAAAAUACUAGGACAUGGGAGAUGCAAUAUACUGCUGUAAACAUUGCGGAGCAAAAUUUUGGUACGAGGAAAGAAAAUCUCAUCGUCGGAAACCAGUUUGUCCAGAAUAUUCUGUCUUCGGCGACCGUUGCCGUCGUCGGCCAGUUUUGUCUCAGUUCGGCAACCAUGGACCUUGCUGUCGAGAGCUCAGCGAAUGCUCAGUUGGAAGAUUUUGGCCACCCGGGCGUUGCCUUUUCGCCGGCACCCACUCAACCCAUAUCCCAACCUCAUCAACCCACUCUUUCUCACACACAUCCCACCCCGCCUGAACCCAAUCCCUUGUUCUUUCCCAACUUAGCCCAUCUACCUGCCUUUUCCCAAGACUUCACUGUAGGGCCUUCAUCAACGUCCGCCACCACUACCACUGCCCCUCCACCAACGGCUGCCACCACUUCCAUGUCGCCGGCUGGCGGCCCCAACUCCGACGCCGACACCUGA